UUCCCAAGAAGCAGGCUGUUAGGCAGACAGCAGCACCGGCCUAUAUAUAGUACACCUUAGAGACAUGGGAGUUUCUCACAUACAAUUCAAUUGAAAUAAAAGAGAGUAGGGUAACGAACAACAACAAAUAUGCAGGCAGGCAAUUUGAAGCCAAGAAUUCCUCGGGGGGUAACAGAGAGACAUCGAAGACAGCAAAUGAAGAAUUUGUACUCAAAACUUGCUUCCCUUCUCCUUCCUCCAGCCUCCGAGGUGAAUUUACCAUUACCUGCUUUAUUGGACUAUUCACUCACUCACGUGAAGAACCUUAAAGAAAGGAUCCAAGAGCUCGAAGCAAAGAAGGAGAAGUUCAAAGGUCAGAUUGGUAGUUCAACAGCAGAUUUUGUGCUGCAAGCAGUGAAAAUAAUUGAAAAGGGUCCAAUUCUAGAGGUGAAUUUAGAAACCGGCCUGCACAAGCGCUUCAUACUGCCUGAAGUCAUCAGCAUCCUCGAAGCAGGAGGUGCUCAAGUACUAAGUGCCAGCUAUGCAACGUUGACCGACAGGGUCUUAUAUACCAUUUCUUCUGAGGCAUCCUCUCCGAGAAUUGGAAUAGAGACUUCAAGACUGCAUGAGAGGUUGAAAGCACUGGCUGGUACAGGAUGUUUCUUCUGCAGCCUUUGAAGGGAACUAAGCCUGGGGCGAUAUGAGUGACGAUAUAAUAAAUUUAAGAGGCCAUCUUGGCUAGCAGUACUGCAUAUAUAUUUUCGCUUAUACAUAUGUACUAGAUAGCUUCUUUCUCUACUUUUUCUCUUUUAUCAAAGUACGCUUCUGUCAGAAUCUCCACCGAUCGCCUGUACAUAUUUUUAACGGAAUUGUUCUGUGGUACUGAUCAGGUAAAAAAUAAGAGUUCUCUUUCUGUCA